AGAAAGCAAAAAAUAACGAACGAGACAGCGAAUCCUCCUCCUCGACAAAAUUCGAUCAAGGUGCUCUUCAUUUUCCCCCAAUUUUUUUAAUUAUAUUUAUUGGAUCUGGUGUUAGAAACUUGCUCCUGCAUUUGAUUUUCUUCCUAUUUUGCGUUUCUGGGCAAGAGCGAAGCUUGAAUUGCAAUUGAGCUUCUUCUUUUUUUUGUCGUUGUGAGAAUUUUGGGGAUUCCGAGGUUUAACAGCAGCUGCAGUUAUUCACUAGCUCAUAGAUGGCAGAAAAAGCUUGUAUAAAACGUCUCCAAAAGGAAUAUAGAGCACUUUGCAAGGAACCAGUCUCUCAUGUUGUUGCUCGUCCUUCCCCAAAUGACAUUCUCGAGUGGCAUUAUGUGCUGGAAGGAAGUGAUGGGACACCUUUUGCUGGUGGAUUUUACUAUGGAAAGAUCAAGUUCCCUCCCGAGUAUCCUUACAAGCCACCUGGAAUCACAAUGACUACACCAAAUGGUCGAUUCAUUACACAAAAGAAGAUCUGUUUGUCUAUGAGCGACUUUCAUCCAGAAAGCUGGAAUCCAAUGUGGUCUGUAUCAAGCAUACUUACAGGGCUUCUCUCAUUUAUGAUGGAUACUAGUCCGACAACCGGAAGUGUGAACACCACUGUAGCUGAGAAACAACGGUUGGCUAAGUCAUCUCUCGCUUUCAAUUGUAAAACCCCAGCAUUCCGAAAGCUGUUUCCAGAGUAUGUAGAGAAGUACAACCAGCAGCAACUCGCCGAGCAAACGCAGCAGACCGCACCAGAGUCUCCUCAAGAGAGCAAUAGCAAAGCAGAGUCGGCGAAAACAGUCGACACAACAAAGGAGGACUCAGAUGGUGGCUUGAAGGAGAGGAGGAAGAACAAGAAGCAGGGAUUGCCAGCGUGGAUUAUACUGUUGCUAGUGUCGGUUUUCGGGGUUGUAAUGGCGCUGCCUCUGCUUCAACUGUGAUUUUCUAUGUAACAAAACAUAGAAAUGGAUGUUGACCCUUCGGAUAAAAUCUCUCUUCUUCUCUCUCUACCCCUUCAGUAUCAAGAGUAGUCUUCUUUUGUCUAGUGCUCUUCUUGUGUCCGAAUUUACUCAAUUUAGCCUGGUUUGUGCUUUUAAAGGCCAUAUAUAACACAAGUUUGGAACUAAUUUGUAUAGUAUAUGGUUGGUUGGUUUGCAUUUGAUAAAUAGAACCUUAUGGUUUUCCUGUGUA